CCACAUACACUUGCUAGCAUACCUGAUUUGGCGUCGACGAGGGAAGUAAUGUUUCUUGUUUCUUAACAUUUUUCUUGAAAUCAUCAACAUGACAUGGCUGACACUCGUGGUGGUGCUUCAUGCUGUUCUUGCAGCACUAGCAAUACCUACAUCAAAAACCUUCAGAACACAAUCAACAUCAUCAACAUCAACCCCCACAGGUGUACCAACAACUAAAGGUGCUAGCGGAUGUCUUUCCGGAUACAGCAAUUGUCACGUGAAUGCACACUGUAUAGAUACUGCGUCGUCUUAUUUCUGUCGAUGUAAAUCUGGAUACGUUGGAAAUGGCUACUUCUGUGAGGAGGACGAGUGUGCGACAGGUAGACAUCGAUGUGACAGGAAUGCCGAUUGUUAUAAAUCCAUUGGUACCUAUACGUGUGUAUGUAGGUCGGGCUGGACUGGAAAUGGAUUCACGUGUGCCAAUCCUUUUGACAAUCGCCCUCGUGCACCAUUCCGGAACAUAAGGCGAUCAUCGGAUGUGUCAAUGGAGGGAAUGAGCUACCGAUCUAUUCAGUCAGAAGAAAUUCCGUUGUUUCGUCAUAACUUUCCUUGUGGACCCGGCGGAUGCGGUGGACCUAAUCCGACACAAUAUCCAGUAACCUCACGUCCAACACGCUCCACAUUCUUUCCGACAUCCUCUAGAUCCUCGACAAUGACAUCGCCUAAAACUAGAACAUCAACUUCGCGUACCACAUCUUCACCCUCAUCGUCUACCUCUUCGAUUACGACCUCGCCAAGCUCUUUCUCAACAUUCCCAAGCUCUUCGACAACUACAUCACCUACCACUACAACAACCACGCCAACUAGUACAACUACAUCACCUACCACUACAACAACCACGCCAACUAGUACAACUACAUCACCUACCACUACAACAACCACGCCAACUAGUACAACUACAUCACCUACCACUACAACAACCACGCCAACUAGUACUACCACAACCCCUACUACUUCAAUAUCGACACCUACCACUUCUCCAUCCACAUCGCUUACCUCUUCGGCAACAACCUCGCCAAGCUCUUUCUCAACAUUUUCAAGCUCUUCUACAACUACAUCGCCUACCACUUCUUCAACAAUGCCAACUACUACCACCACAACGACUACCACUACCACAACAACGCCAACUACUACCACAACAACGCCUACCACCACCACAACAACGCCUACCACCACAACAACAACACCUACCACCACAACAACAACACCUACCACUACGUCAACAACACCUACUACUCCAACAACACCUACUACUACAACAACAACAACACCUACCACUACGUCAACAACACCUACUACCACCACCACAACAACGCCUACCACCACCACAACAACGCCUACAACUACCACAACAACGCCUACCACCACCACAACAACGCCUUCAACUACCACUACCACAACAACGCCUACAACUACCACAACAACGCCUACCACCACCACAACAACGCCUACAACUACCACAACAACGCCUACCACCACCACCACAACAACAGUAUUCAAAGGAUUAACCCAUCACUUGUUCAAGAUUAUCCCGACUCACAAGGCUCUGGAGAUGUAG